UUCGUCUCAAGUAAAAAAGGAGUCCACCUUCCAGAGAGGGAAGCUCUGAAAUCGCCAUCGUCAUUUCCCUCAGAUCUGCUCAAUCGCCAGCGCAGUUUCCAGAAAUCAGAUGUCGUACGCCGAACGAGACACCGUCCCCCUCAACCAGUCCUCCCAAUCCGACAUCGAUGAGAUCGAAAACCUCAUGAACUACAGCAUCCAAUCGGGUCCCGCUACUGUCCUCCCCGCCCGUCCACCAUCUCCUACGCGCGCAUCCAUUCCCGUAUCUUCUUCCCCCUUCAUCCCAUCCAACCUUCCUCAGAAACCGGCAUCUGUCCCUGCCGCACCUCCACCGCCUUCUAACCUCAACCGCAAUGCUAAUGCUAAUGCUGGGACCAAUGGUCAACAACAGUCCGGCAUGACUGGCUUCGGGUCUCCGCCGAACACGUUGACUGAACCCGUGUGGGAUACGGUGAAACGAGAUCUUUCGAGGAUUGUUAGUAAUUUGAAGUUAGUUGUUUUUCCGAAUCCGUUUCGUGAGGAUCCGGGGAAAGCUUUGCGAGAUUGGGAUCUUUGGGGGCCGUUUUUCUUCAUUGUGUUUCUAGGGCUCGUUCUAUCUUGGUCCGCCUCGGUAAAGAAGUCUGAAGUUUUUGCUGUCGCUUUUGCACUACUUGCAACUGGUGCCAUCAUUCUGACAUUGAAUGUCUUGCUGCUGGGUGGUCAUAUAAUCUUCUUCCAGAGUCUGAGUCUAUUGGGUUACUGUCUAUUCCCUUUGGACAUUGGAGCGUUAAUCUGCAUGUUGAAGGACAACGUCGUUUUAAAGAUCGUGGUUGUGUGUGUGUCGUUGGCAUGGAGCUCGUGGGCUGCAUAUCCGUUCAUGAGUACCGCGGUGAAUCCUAGAAGAAAAGCUCUCGCCCUUUACCCUGUGCUACUCAUGUAUGUAUCUGUUGGUUUCCUUAUCAUUGCCAUCGAUUAGUAAUUAAUACCAUUUUGUCAUACGAAAUUCUUUUGUUACCUGAUGAACGAUGAAACUCAUGUAAUAGCAGCUGUCGUCGGUUUACGUUUGAUAUGGGUUCGGCUUCUGAGUUGUAGAAUACUUGGAGGUUUGAUCCUUCUAUAUGUUAUAUCUGUAACAAAGUUUUGAAGAUGAUGUUUUCUAAAUAAAACUUGUUUUUUUUUCUUUA